GCCAGGGUGUUUAUGGAGUUAAAAGUACUAGUAAUUGAAGUUGUUGCGUAUUUAUCAAUGAUCAUGAGCUAAUGAUCAUCGCCACUUCUAUAACUACAUCUUGUUUCUCUCUAUGCACGUACGUACUCCUCCUCCUCCUCCUUCUCCUCUCUCUCUCUCUCUCUCUCUCUCUCUCUCUCUCUAUAGAUCUCUGUGGAAGGUGGGAGGUGUGAAGAAUCUGAAGAUGGUACAAUCAAAGAAGUUCAGAGGUGUCAGGCAGCGCCACUGGGGUUCCUGGGUUUCAGAAAUUCGCCAUCCUUUACUGAAGAGAAGGGUAUGGCUAGGUACAUUUGACACAGCAGAAGAGGCAGCCAAGGCAUAUGACCAAGCUGCCAUUUUAAUGAACGGAAGAAAUGCGAAAACCAACUUCCCAACAACCCAGAAUUCAGAAGGAGAUCCAGGGACAGCUGCUACUGAUCAAGACUCAUCAUCCCUCUCUUCCACCUCCACGGGCGCCCUGUCGGAGAUUUUACGGGCGAAGCUCCGGAAAAGCAGUAAAGCACCGUCCCCGUCACUCACAUGUUUGAGGCUUGAUACUGAGAAUUCCCACAUAGGGGUGUGGCAGAAGCACGCCGGGGAGUGCUCGGAUUCGAAUUGGGUCAUGAGGGUCGAGCUUGAGAAGAGGAAUGACAGUAUCAUUGGGGAGGACGCAACGGCGGCAUUGCCCUCGUCAAGCUUUUCUCCGGCAUUCAUGGAAGCCGGGCCAAGCUUGAGUGCUCAUGAGAUGGAGGAAGAGGAGAGGAUCGCGCUUCAAAUGAUUGAGGAACUUCUUGAUCAAGACCACGAGAUUAGGUAGUGUUUGGUUCACUAUAAUGAAGUUCCAGUGAACAAGAUAAUGUUUUUGAGAAUAAAUUCUUUAAACAUUUGUUUACUCUAAAUCAAUUACAUUACGCCGGCCACAUUGCAAAACAGUGGUUACAAUCAAUAAAACAUGACGACGUGGCGCAACAUAAUUGAUUUGGAAGAAACAAAUAUUUACACCAGCGGUGUAAAGAAUUUAAUCUCAAUAUUUUUUAAUGCUUUUGGAGUUUAAAGAUUGAGACAGUACAGCUUUGGUAUUUAUGCUUGCUCUCCUAACUUGGAAAGCCAAGUACUUGAAGAAAAAGAAAAAAAGGAGUUCAGAAUGUCGCGCGUGCUGUCAAGUCGUGCGACAUAUAUAGAAUUAUCCAGACACAAAAAUGUAAAUUUUAUCGGGGUUUACAGUAUUACUGAAUUGAUUCUAUAUAUGUUGUUUAGCUUGGUUGAUAUUGUGGUGUUGUAUUCUGGAUUCAUAAAUAUGGUUUCGAAAAGAGAGUGGAAUUUGGGGUUUUUGUUAGUUUUCA